AUGUCACUGCGUACACCAACAAAACUGGGCGAUCAAUCAUGCAGUGGUGUUGAUGCAGUAGCCAGUUAUACUUAUUAUCAGGAUGAUGAUGGUUUGUUUUGUAAAAAUUUGUUACUCUUUAAAUGUAUUAUUAUCUGGCUAAAUUUGCUGUUUUGA